UCUUCAUGGACAGACUGAAUUGGAGCAACCGUGAUACUUUAAAGUGAAAGAAAAAAAAAAAGAAAGAAAUGUAUUUUCGGAGUUGUGUGUUUGCUGUGGUUUUAGGCUUGGUUUUGUAUUUUUCAGAGUUUGAGUUUUUUCAGACAUAUCAUCUGGGGUGUUUCUGUGCGCUGGGUUUCUUUUUAUUCCGUCCGAGAGAAGAGAGCAGCGAAGUUUGUGAAUGUAGCACACAGACCGACUGUACGGACGCGGAUGAAACGCUGUCUCGGCAAGAAAGUGAGAAUAAGCAGGGAGUUGGCAGUGAUGAGCUCGAUGCAGCAGUCCAGGCCGUACAAAUAGUAUCUCACCAGCCACAGUACCCACAUAUUCAGAGGUCACUUCAGCACAUGUUUAGCUGUGCCUACACUAACCUGGUCAUGCCAUGGAGCACUGUUCCAGAACUCCGGGAGAGUCAGCCACUAUUUAUAGCAUUACUCACUGAAUUCAACCUUGUGAUAGAUGAGAUCAUUUGCAAGGCUAAGGACCUGGAACUCUCAGUUACUGGUCUUGGCUGCAUUCAGAUCUUCACCCAGCAUCUUCAGAACACCAAGCAGGCAGAAGGGUCACCAGCAUUCAGUUCUAAGGCUGAGGAAUUUGAUUUUAUUAGGGACAUCUGUAAGGCUCUCAUAUACAAUCUUUUCCCUAAACACCUUUGGGAUGCAAAUGUCUACAACUAUGUUCUUCAAGAAAUUCUGGCUAUGAAAGCACUAGACUUGGUCACAUUUCUGUCUGAUCCAGACAACUUAAAUCAGCUAAUUAUUUCUCAGCUGAACCAAAUGCCUUCAGAAAACCUUACAGAGGAAGUGCCUGACCAAGAUAAAGAUGUUCCUUCCUCAAAACAGAGUGAGGACAUUGAUGUGCUGCAAGACGAGCCAGAGGAACCCCCGUCUGAAGACGGCAAAGCUAAAACGAAAGGCAAAAAACUGAAAGAGAAGUUUUCUAGGGUUUUUGGAAUUAUGAAACCAAAAAAAGGCAAAUUAAAAAGAAAGGAGAAAGCAGUAAAAGAGGAGGCAGUGCCAUUCCGCAGGCCUGCAGCAUCAGAGACUGAUGAUGCAAGCAGUAACAGUGAGGGCUCCACUUGUGAUAGUGUUGACACUGAAGUGGAAAGUCUUUCAGGUUUCCCCCAGGAGGAGAUAAUGGAAUAUAAACUUUCCUUUGAAGUGUGGAAGUUUGGAAAUUGGGAAGUUUCGGUCACUAAUGUACAAAUGGAAGAAAAUGAGUUGUGUUUCACUGUUCAUUUGGAAGAGAAGAACAACCUUGAGAACUUUCAUUGGGAUGUGAAAAGGAACCAGUCACACAUUAUCCAGUUUUAUGAUCAAUUUAAGGAAAAAGGAGAACUGCCCUCCUUAUUGGCACUAGUAGAGACACCCAAAUCAGAGUGGAAUAAGGAGGAAGCAAGAGAAAUUUUGGAACAUGCCUUAAAAAAACUGUUGACCAAUGAAGAACUUGGCAACUCUGAGCUUGUGUUUAAGUUCCUUGGUCCACUUGACUGGAUACAACAUGAAGAAGGGCAUGAUGGAUGGUUGUGGGAUCUGUUGGGUGGAAUUGCAUCGUUCCUCACUCCCAGUGUUGAUGAUGAGCUUAGUAACCACAAAGGGGAUGAGAAACAACAUGAAGCCAUGUAUAAAUGCAGUGCAUCAGAGGCCACACCUCAACAUGGACUGGAUGCUACCCUGCCAAGGAGUAAACAAACCUUAGAGAGACAAGCCAAAGAAACAGAAGAUGACUUGUCGGUAACAGACAUUGGUCACUUAAACUCACCUGAGCAGACUUCCACCUCUUCGAGUGAAAAAGACAACGUUGUUCAGUUUUUUGAUCACCCAGAAAUGUAUUCUUUUGGAAUUCAAAGUGUUUCUGAAAAUAUAGCAAAAUAUGCAACUCAGAAAAGAUAUAUUAAAUUUGAAAAAAAUCAUAGACAUCCUGCUUCAGCCAUGAGUUCAUCUGAAAAUGAUGAGAAUAGUGCACUCCAAUGCACAACUGCCAGCAAUUAUAAUGGAGAUAUAAGCAAGGAAGAAAAUCUUCCUUGUAAGGAUUCAUCGGAACCAGACAAAUCUAAAAAGGAGGACGAAGUAUCUCAUCCUAAAGAUGAAACAUUGAGCCAGCCAUCAGGAAAUAAAAAAGACUCCAACUCUUGGGAGCAACCUGAGGCCAAUAAAGUGAUAUUUGAAUUACUGAAGGAAAUAUCUGGAAAUUCAUAUACCUUUAAAUUCCUCAAGGCGGUUGUAACACCAUUCACCCAAAUGAUAAAUAAGAAAGUAAAUACAUUUUUGAAAAAGAAGAACCCUUCAGAAGCUCAGAUUGCCACCCACAUUGAUAGCCUUUGUAAAAGCAUAUGGCCUGACACGCCUGCACCACAGCUUCUACCUCAAAGCAGUGACAAGAAUGAGACCAAGCAGAAAGCAAUGAAAAUCAUGACAUCCAAGUUUGCAGGCUUUGCAAUCAACAAAAGUAAUCUGGAGACCAUUUUCAAGAGAUUCCAAGAUGCAGAAGAAAACAAGAAGCUGGUUUAUAUGUUGCUGAUGUAUCUCUUAAGACAGUUUUUGCCUGGAGAAACUACCUUUAAAGUGAUGUCCAAACUGAAUGUGAAGCCUAAGAUUUGAUGUCAAUGGACAGUUUUAAUAGUACAAUUAGAUACCAUGUUCUAUUUUAUAUCAAAUAUAAAAAUUCAGGGACAUUGACUUGCAACUUUUGGUUACUUGUUGAAGAAGGCACUUUUUUGUUUAUAAAAAGACAUUGCACAUUGUUUAUUCACCAUUCAUCUUUAGUAACUGCUUUAUCAAGUUCAGUUUGGUGGAUCCAGAGUCUAUGCCUGGCACAUUGGGUGCAAGACAGGAAUACUGUUGAGAUCCCAGUCCAUUUCAGGACACCAUGCACGCACAUUAAAAGCAAAAUAUAAUUCAAAAAAGAAAUUAAGAACAUGAAAGUCUACCCAGACAGUAACAACCAGGACUUGACAGGUGACCCAGUAUUUGUGAGGAAGCAAUGCUUAUUCAAGUAGUUUACUGUACAGUCUUUAAAUGUUUUUAUUUUUAAUAUCUGUGUAAAUGAGCUGCUGCUGAACUUCCCAUUUCCACAUUGGAUCUAACAUCUGGGCCUGGCACUGGUUUUGCUACAGUCAUUUUAUGGAAGUUUUUGCCAGAAAGUUUGAAUGGAGAAGCACCAUAAAUGAAGGCAGAAAAUGAAGAAUGUGCUAAUAUUUAUGUACCUGACUUUAAUAUAUUUGCAUUGUAAUUAAAGCAUUUUUAUUGUUUCAAUCAAUAUAUUUCCAAUCAUAUACAGUAUGUUGCAUUCUGAAAUCUACCUUGUCUUGAUUUGUCUAAGGAUCAGUUUUAUUAAUACAAAUGGAAAAUGUAGCUUAUGUUCUAGUAGAUGGAGAACAUAGUAAUCACAUCGAGUGUAAACGUUACUAAAGCGACUAAGUUCAUUCGAAUACAUAGUAUUGUUAUAUUAACCAACAGACCAACAAAUAC